AUGAUCGAAAAUCAAGAAACUUUGUGCUUAAAUAGCAACGUAAGCUUUAAACUAGCAUUUAAUGAUUUAAAGUACUGUAUAAAGUCUAAAGUUCCAGUCAUCAAAAAAGAGACAAAAACGAUUUUAAAGAGUAUUUCAGGAGAGUUUCGCGGUAAUGAGCUAACAGCAAUUAUUGGAUUGAGCGGAAGUGGCAAAAGUUCACUUUUAGACUGUUUAUCAGGCUUCCGUCAGAACAACAUUAGUGGAACAAUUACUUACAAUGACAACAUUAUUUCAACUCGCAGUAUUAAGGAAGUUUCCUCAUAUUUUAUGCAGGAACAAAUGCUUCACAUAUAUUUAACCGUAAAAGAAUUAAUGAAUUUUGCAGUUAAUGUCAAAUGUAGACAGAAGCUAAAUAAGGAGGAGAAGAAAUUAAAGAUUGAGGGAAUUCUUCAAAAAUUAAACAUUUCAGACCGACGUGAUACUUUCAUACAAGAUCUAAGUGGUGGAGAAAGGAAGCGAUUUCAAAUUGCGAUUGAGUUGGUAGAUGAUCCAAAAAUAUUGUUCCUAGAUGAGCCGACAACAAAUCUUGAUAUUGUUGCAUCAACUCAAUGUAUUCAAUUUUUGAAAGACAUUACAAAAGAAGGAAGGACAAUAAUUUUUACAAUCCAUCAGCCAUGUGCAUCAAUGCUGCAUUUAUUUGAUCAUAUAUAUGCACUGAAUAAUGGAAAUUGCAUUUAUCAAGGAUCAAGUGAAAAUCUUUUAACCUUUUUUUAAAGAAAUUGGAUUGCCAUGUCCAUCUACUUACAAUCCAACAGACUUUUUGAUGGAAAUAGCAAAUACUUAUGGAGAUUACACCCGUGAGCUGACUGAAAAAAUUCAGAACGGGUCAAAUUUGAGUUACAGAAAAGAAAGCAAACAGAACUUUACAGCUGAUAUAUUCAAGAGACCAUCUGAUUUCAAGGAGUUUUCUGCAUCUUAUUUCCAUCAAGUUUACUACCUUAUGUAUCGACUGUUUUUGACAUCGUUACGAAAUAAAUCUCUGGUUAUCACGAGACUUAUUAUACAUUUAUUUUUUGGCCUUGCCUUAGGUAUAGUUUAUCAAAAUGUUGGAAAUAAUGCAUCAAUGACUCGAAACAAUUAUCACUUUUUAUUGUUAUCAAUAACUGUUCUUUUAUACACUGCAUAUCAUUCACAUUAUGUUACAUUUCCCCUCGAAUUUCCGAUAGUCAAAAGAGAACAUUUUAAUGGAUGGUACUCAUCAAAUGCUUACUAUUCAUCGCUUAUGAUUUUUGAUGCACCGAUAAUUUUUGUAUGCGUAACAAUUUUCACGACAAUUACAUAUUUGAUGACUGAUCAACUACUCGAAAUUAAUCGAUUUUUAAUUCUACUUGGUAUAUUUCUCAUGACUUCAUAUGUUUCACAGGCUUUAGCAGUUAUGUUAACAAGUGUUCUUAAACUUGAGUUUAGUUUGGUGUUUGGAACUUACUUUUUACUACCUGUUUUUGUGUUUUCAAAUUUCGCAGUAUUUGCUCGUGAUACACAUCCUAUACUGAAGAACGUAUUUGAACUGAACUUCUUUAAUAUGGCAUUUAAAGGAGCUGUGACUUCUGCCUUGGGUCUUAAUAGAACGAAGCUUCCAUGUAAUGAAGUUUACUGUCAUUUUACUGAUCCCAAAAAGUUUAUGAAUUAUUAUGAUUGUGAUGUCGAUUUGAUGCAAACUUUUCACCUUCUCUUAGCUUAUUAUGCUAUUUGUCAAAUGGCAGCAUUUAUUUUAAUAGGAUAUAGAUUGAAAUAUAGACUUACAUAA